UCUUCGAGUCAUUCCAGACGAAACACGAUCAACUUGGACGACGAUGAAGACAUGAGGGUUGAAGAUGUCGACUUGAAUGCUGCCACGGUUAUUCGAACCGACGAGGCCGUACGUAGGAGCUGGCAGGAGCAAAUUCAUUGCACAGACAAAGACCCCAGUGAAGAUAUUGAAGAAACCGCAAACCCGUGGGCGCCGUUCCAGUCCGAGAUGGACUGGAGAUUCGCGUCAUGGGCCGUUCAGGAGGGCCUGAGCCAAGGCUCUGUAGACCGAGUCUUGGAGAUUCCUGGGUUUCAGGAAAGACUAGGUCUGUCCUAUCACAACUCGCGCUCCCUGCUUCAGCGAGUGGAUUCGCUUCCAGAGCGUGCCGAAUGGAAGGAGCGUUGGCUGAGCUUCAAGGACCGACCAAACGAGCGCCACCUAGUCCAGUUUCGAGACAUCAUCGAAGCCAUUAGGACUUUGUUGGGCAACCCGGCGCAUGCAGGUCAGAUCGUCUAUCGUCCGCGUCGCAUCUUCAGCGACGGAUCGCGAACCAGUCGCAUCUACCAUGAGAUGUGGACC